GUGUUUUUUUUUUUGUUUUUUUUUUCCUUACACCGUGCAACCCUUGUGCAAUAACGCGCAGCAGACAGCGGCGGCAUCGCGGCGUUCGUGCACAUUAGCGCCGCGUCUCCAACCGGGAAGGAUCCUGUUUACGCACCGACGUCGACCCCCUUCUUUUCCCCUCUUGACUUCCAGGAGGAGGGGUGUAGGGGGGGAUACAAAAGUACCAGCGAUGAGUGAGGUCAGCAGCAUAGCAUGAGUCAACCUUUGGGGAUGUGAUGCAUGCAGUCAUCGUCGCGGGUCGCUCGGUUUUGUGCGGGCCUGUGCGCAGCUGCUCGCCGCGGCAGAGGGUGCGAUCCUGCGGGCUCGAGCUGCCGCGAGUAGCAGCUUUCAUGACGGGUGUUGCCUGUGAAUAAGAGAAACUCGCAGACCUCCUCAGAUCUACUCACCCCAGGCUAAGGACCUCUGGAUGGGUCACAAAGAACUUCAGAGAGGAGGAGAAGAUUAUUGUGGCUGACCUGGCCCCUGCUCAUACUGAUAUCAAAAUAGUUUCACGGUUUAAACUUAAACUUGUGGCUACCUUUUUGAUUUUUUGUCUGGAUAUAUUCAAGUGACACUUGGUGGAGCGUUAGUAGUUGGCUGGUUCGGCGUAUUCAUGCCCGUCAUGAGUGUACCAGCCCAGCAGAAACCCAGCGCCAAAAGGACGGGAAAACGCAUAACAUUUUUCAACGAACAAAGCGUAGCAAUGAAGGAGACUUCUCAACACCCUGAAGGGUCCUAUUAUGUCACAGGGGCCACUGCCUCAGACCCUGGACAGAGCGAGGCGGCAAGUACCGUGACCUCCAAUCCAGAGGGCCCUCACAUGUUCCUCAACUCCGUCAUCUUCAGCCCAGAUAAAGGUGACCAGAGCAGGGGUCAUUAUCAGCAGACUGUUCCGAUGAAGUGGGCCCACCAGGAGCCCAAUCAGCAGCAGCCAUCACUGUCCCAGCAGCAGAGAGCUGCCUCCUGGAACCCCGUAAGUAACUGGGGACAAAACUUUUCCAAUUACAUGGGUGGAGUUAACUUAACAGACUCAAGGACCCAGAAUGCGUUUGCAAAGUCGAUGCACGAGACCUCAGGCAUGCAGCCGCAUCAACAGCCUGCUAACAGAGCUACAGACAAGCAGCCUCUAGGGGCCACAGAUGCCUACAGGGAUGCAGUUAAGGCUCGGGGCAUGGAGUGGGAGCAGCAGCAGCAGCAGCCCCAGGCCUUUCAGGAAUCCUUAAAACCCGGGGCACUGAACACCCAACAGUCCCACCAAGGAGGAAGCUCAGUUUUGCAGCCCUUCCAGUUGGCCUUUGGUCAGCCCAAGCAGCACCUGCCAGCUUACUACCAGACGUUUCAGGGGAACAGGACAACCCUACCUAACCCUCCUAACUACUCAACACAGGCAAAACCCCCACACCAGAUACAGCAGCUGCAGAAGCAAGAGCAAAUACAGCGCCAGCAGCACCACAUAAUCCAGCAGCAAAUACAGCAGCAGCAGCACCAUCAACAAAUGCAGCAGCAACAAAUCAUUCAGCAUCAACAGCACGUGCAGCAACAUCUACAGCAGCAACAUAUACAGCACGAGCAGCAGCAACAAAAGAUACAGCAACAUCAACAGCAGCAGCAAAUGCAACAACAGCAACAGCAGCAGCAACAGCUGCAUAUUCAGCAGCAAAUGCAACAUCAGCAGUUGCAACAACAAAACCCUCAUGUGCUUGACUAUUACUCUGGUGCUCGAAAUGCACCCCCGCACCCCCAUCCACAGCCUGUGGUGGUACACUCCCAGGAGUCCUCUGCCCCUGCUCCCCCAAAGAUCCAGGACAUCACCCCUGAACCCCAGGAGUCGCCAGACCCGUUGCAGCCCCCUCUCCAGUCCGAGCCCCUGUCCCAGCCCCAGACACAGCUUCAAUCACAAGCGCAGCUUCGUAGAUCACGGCGGCUCUCUAAGGAAGGAGGGGCGCCAUCAGACAACCCUUUUCUCUCUGUCUCUGCGGAUCAAGCGGCAACAGGGCUGCAGGUCUCUCAGAACGGGGCCCGUGACAUCCAGGCAGCACCGACAGGCGUCAUCCAGAGUACACGCAGGAAACGUAGGGUGUCCCAGGAGGUCAACCUCGAGACACUUGCUCAGAAGGCCUCAGAAAUGGAGUCUCUACCAUCACAUGUUGACAAGGAGCCCCACAGGCCGUGGAGUCCCACUGCAUCAGAGGGUCUGAACGCCAAGCGGCAGCGAGACGACAACCUUCUGCCGCUCGUCAUCCCCGUGUCUGUCCCGGUGAGGAGGCAGGAACCCUCCUCCCCUGACCGAGAUGAAGCGGCCUUGGCUUCAGGCUGGCCCCCGAGGCCUUCGAACCCCCAGGACCUCGGCCGUGCAGACCACCAACCCUCGGUCAUUGUCACACGGAGACGCUCACUCAGAAACUCCUUGUCAGAGAGCUCAGAGCAGAAUGGCAGCACGGAGGGGGAGAAAGACGACGACGGAAAAAAGUCCAAACGGCGUCCCCGGCCUGAGCCCCUCUUCAUCCCCCCACCAAAACCGGGCUUAUUCAUCGCUCCGCCCAUCUACUCCAGCAUCACACCUUACCAGAGCCACCUGCGCUCCCCUGUACGGCUGGCCGACAACCCCCUCACCAUGCCCCCUUACACACCUCCGCCAAUCCUCAGCCCCGUCCGCGAAGGCUCGGGCCUCUACUUCUCCACUUUCCUGUCUUCUGCUGCAGCCGGCAGCCAGGGCCUGCCGCCGCCCGCUACGCCCAAGUCGGCCACACGCAGUCUGUUACGUUCUAACAGCUGCGACAUCACACCCCCAGUUCUGUCUGCGAUGAGCGAGGUCACUCCAGUGAGCAUCGAGCCACGGAUAAAUAUUGGGUCGCGGUACCAGGCAGAGGUGCCAGAGCUGAGGCAGCGGUCAGUUGUCGAGCUGGAUCACCAUCGUGCUGAUCUGGUCUGGUCUCCUUUGAAUGAGCUGCAGGGAAAACCUGACUUCCAUGAGAAAGUGGAAGAUCUCAUGCACCUGGCCUGCUCCAGUGUUUUGUGUGGAGGAGGCACCAACCAGGAGUUAGCUCACCAUUGUCUGUACGAAUGCAAAGGCGACAUAAUGGCUGCUCUGUCGCUCCUGAUGCUGAGGAAUCCAAUUUUCCCCAAGUCUCAUCAUCUGACAGACUACCACUACUCAGGAUCAGACAGCUGGACGGCAGCUGAGAGACGCCAGUUCAACAAAGGCAUCACCACGUACAAGAAGGAUUUCUUCAUGGUGCAGAAACAGGUGACCACAAAGACAGUAGCACAGUGUGUGGAGUUUUACUACACGUACAAGAAACACGUUAAGAUCGGCCGCAACGGGACGCUGAUCUACGGGGAGGCGGAGCCUUUGGAGAGCAGAACCACAGAGGAGGAGGCAGACCAGAAGGUCUCUCACAGACUGGAGCCCCAGCGGGAGGAGGACAGCAGGAAGUGGGAAGGGUCAGCUGACAGGAAACAGGAUGUCGGCUCCACCAGAGUCACACACUCACUGCAGCCAAAUGAGAACCCUGGGAGCGUCCUGAUCAUGAAGGGCCAGGAGGACGUGGGGAGGGAGCAGCCUCUGUCCAGGGUCAUCCACCCCCCUCAUCCGCCCGCCUCCAAACAGCGCCACGAUGACAGCGCGCGGCGGACGACCCCUGCGACGGUCAACAAAGGCUCCGCGGCUCAGGAGGGAGAGUUCCCCUGCAAGAAAUGUGGCAGGAUUUUCUACAAGGUGAAGAGUCGCAGCGCUCACAUGAAGAGUCACGCCGAGCAGGAGAAGAAGGCGGCGGCGCUGCGACAGAAAGAGGCCGAGGAACGAGCGGCGGCGAAGGCGGCGGCCGAGGCGGCUGCCGUCCUGGCGGCUCGGCGGCACAACGGGACCCGGCAGGUGGGCGGGGACAGCACCAAUGACGACUCGUCAGACAGAGAUGACGAGGACGACGAGGACUGGCAGUGAGAGGAAGGUCGCGCACGCUGACUGUUGAUGGCUUGUUCUCUGGGAUCAGAGGAGGAACGAAGGAUUCCUCCGGUGAACAGUUUGCAGAACAAGACGACUUCCGUUGCUUGGCACAUUCAGGGACAGAUUUCCCUCCUGCGUACGUGUUUGAGUGUGAAUGUGUGGAGUGAGUGUAUGUGUGUGUACUGUGUGAGUGAGUGUGUGUGUGUUUCUCACCAACGCCCCUUUACUCUGCUUGAAAAGCUUUUCAGGAGUUACCUCUCUUGGUCACAGGGCUCGGUCAAAUCAAAGCCAUGCCGCUCCUCUCGGCGCUGUCCUGCCCUCUACGCCCAGGCCGCGGCCUUCCUCAGCACUUUGAGUCUCGCCCCGCUUCCUUCGUCCGUCGUGGAAACUUGUUCGACCUCCUUCCUCCUUUUUUUUUCCAGCUCUUGGAUGAGCCACAACGCGCAUUUGCUCGAGCUGCGUCCUCGACUGUCAUCACGUUUUGACAUUACGAACCUUUGAAAUCCGACAGCUGGAGGCGGCGAGGCGAAUCAGAGGAGGCUCUCGCUGUUGGUUUCUCUGCACUAAGACGGACAGAUGGACGGACGGAUGGCAUGCGCAGCCUGUCGCCUCUGUUCCGCCGCUCCUCUGCACUCGAGGCUGCCAAAAGCUUUCUCAGACGCAUGAUGUGCACCAAAUGGGUCCCGUCUCUUUUGUGAGUUGUUCAUUUGGGCUUCAGUUCUGUGAAUCUCCCCCUCGUCACUUUUUACAGUUCACCGUUUGUUCCUCACGGUUGAUGCCUUGGAUGUUUUGAUAAUUUUUAUCUUGAAAUGACAAUCAAUUUUA